UCUCUCCUCCAGCAUCUCUCCUGCAGCUCGAAUUUUCCACAGAGCUGACCGAAGGCCCGGUGCUGCAGCUCCUCUCCUCCUCCUCCUCCUCCUCCUCAUCCCUGCAUGUGUGAGUGCGUGUGUGAGAGUGUAUUCCGGAUGCAGUGAGGGUCCUGCAGGCUGCCAGCCCCCCAAAACUCAAGAUGGCCAGAAUGAGUUUGCUCUCCUUUCUCCUCUUUUGCUUGACUUCCGUUGCUCAUGGCAACAAAGCCAAUAAGCACAAGCCAUGGAUCGAGACAGAAUAUCAGGGCAUAGUCAUGGAGAACGACAACACGGUUCUGCUCAACCCCCCUCUGUUCGCCCUGGAUAAGGACGCACCUCUGCACUAUGCAGGCGAAAUCUGCGGGUUCCGUGUCCAUAACGGCCCGGGAGGUUCCGGGGCUGCCCAGUUCGAGGCGGUGGUGCUGGACCGCUCCACCGGGGAGGGCCUAGUGCGCUCCAAAGAGCCACUGGACUGCGAGAGCCAGAGGGAGCACAGCUUCACCAUCCAGGCCUACGACUGCGGAGAAGGACCCGACGGCACCAACAGCAAGAAAUCACACAAAGCGACGGUUCACGUGCGAGUGAACGACGUGAAUGAGUUUUCUCCGGUGUUUGUGGAGCGCCGGUAUGAGGCGUCCAUCCCCGAGGGUCGUCUGUUCGACCGGAUUGUUCGUGUUGAAGCUCUGGACGCUGACUGUUCACCCCAGUACAGCCAGAUCUGCUUCUACGACAUCAUCACCCCCAAUGUCCCCUUCGCCAUCGACAAUGACGGGAACAUUAAGAAUACUGAACCUCUGGACUCGAAGAAGCAGCGUGUUCACAGUUUCUGGGUGACUGCGUUUGACUGCGGGAAGAAUCGAGCUCAAGCUGACGCUCAGGUCGUCGUUACAGUCAAACCUUCCUGCAAGCCUGGCUGGAUCGGCUGGUCGAAGCGAGUUGAGUACACGCCAGGCUCCGGCAGCAUCCCCCUCUUCCCCAGCCUGCACCUGGAGACGUGUGAAGAGACGGUUUGGAACAUCCAGGCCACUGUAGAGCUCCAGACGGGCCACAUUGGGAAAGGCUGUGACCGGGACAGCUACUCUGACCGCUCCGUCAGGAGGCUCUGUGGUGCCGUGAGGGGUGAGGUCGAUCUGCUCCCGCCUCCCUCUCCGGCGGCCAAUUGGACCGCGGCGCUGCCCACCUUGCCCUCCUCUGAUUCGUCGUUGGUCUUCUCCUUCAAUGGCUCCGCCCACGUCGCCGUGGUGCCCGACUCGGUCGCCUCGAUGGUGUCGGGGGACCACUUCACUCUCCAGCUGUGGAUGCGAAGGGGCGGAGCCAGCACUCAGCCGCCAGCCAAUCAGGCGAGAGGGACCCGCAAAGAAGAGGAAACCAUCAUCUGCAGCACGGUGAAGAACGAUGACUCGUAUUCGCACUACUCGCUGUCUGUGCACGGCUGCCGCCUUUCCCUCUUCUACUGGCCGGACGUGUCGGCUGCGCGGCCGGUCAAAUUCCUCUGGAAGCUGGAACAGGUUUGUGACAGUGAGUGGCAUCACCUCUCGCUCAGCGUGCAGUUCCCCUCCGUCACACUCUACGUAGACGGCGUGACCUUCGAUCCAGCGCUCAUCCACGACAACGGAGCCAUCCCUAACCCAGCCCCACGUCAGCGGCUGGUCAUUGGAGCAUGCUGGGAGCCAGAGGAGAAGCAGAAAGAUAUUCUAAACAACAGCAUUCCCGAAGGCAAGGACACAGGGAAGUUUGUGGGUGGUUACCGGGGCUUGUUGUCAGGGGUGACGGUACGUCCGGGAAGUGUGGAGCCCCACAGUGUAGUGGAGUGUCUGUAUGCCUGCAGAGAGGGCCUGGAUUUCGGAGACCUGGAGACUCUAGGCUCUGGCAUGAAGGUGCACGUUAACCCCAGUCAGUCGGUGCUGGUUCUGGAGGGAGACGACAUCGAAAGCUUUAACCGCGCCGUCCAGCAGGUGACCUACCGGAACUCUCUACGCUUCGCCACGCCUGGAGUCCGACCUCUGAAGCUCACCACGUCCCUCAGGUGCUUCAGUGAGGAGAGCUGCCUGUCUUUGAGGCAGUUGGAGGGUUAUUUGGUGGUUCUUCAGCCCGACGCCCCCCAGAUUUCUCUCUCGGGGGUUGGUCCCCACCUGGCCCGGCCGGCCCCGGAGUUUGAGAGUCCGCGUGGAGUCCCCCUGUUCCCCGAGCUCCGCAUCGUCUGCUCCCUCUCUCACGCUGUCAACACAGCUGCUCAGGGCAUGGAGGGAGGAGCGCUCAUGUCAGACGCAGUGGCCCACACUCUGGACGGCUGUGAGGUCCAGCCCCUGGGGGAGGAGCUAAACCCAGAGAAGGAGGAGCUUCUGGUAGAUAUGGAGUCUUUGAAAGAGCAAGGGCUGGACAUCAUCAACACCACAGCCUACAUCGCCGUCACUGGGGCGGAGUCUAUCUCAGUGUACGAGGACGUCCUGCGUUCUAUUCGCUACAGACUAGCAAAAGGCUCCGCCCGCUUCGAGAGGAGGUUCCGACUGUCCUGUUCGGAAAUGAACGGACGCUACACCAGUAACGAGCUCACGCUGGAGGUGAACUUCCUGCACUCUCUGGACAGUCUGUAUCACCCCUCACACCUGCUGGCCUCUCAGCAGCAGUUCCUCCACCCGUCUCAUCACACAGGAGAGCUGAGCGGACACACACUGCCCAAUCCACACCGCAACUCAGUAGUUCCGGGAGCCGCCACCGUCAUCAUCAUGGUCUGUGUGGGUUUCUUGGUCGUCAUGGUGAUCCUCGGGGUGUUCCGCAUCCGCUCCAUCCAUCGCCGUGGAGACGGAGCCAGGGGUGGCGGCAAAGAGGGCGGCAACCAGUGGGACGAUUCAGCCCUCACCAUCAUUGUGAACCCCAUGGAGUCAUACGAGAACCGCAUGGGCAUGGCGGCGGAUACGGAGGGGGAAGGCGACGACGAAGAGGAGGUGGUGGAGUCUCCUGACGACACGGGCGACGACCAGCGGGUCAUCAUCAAGAAGGAGGGAAGAGACUCCGCCCCCCGUCGCUACUAAACGAAACGCCCGCACACGUGAAACACGAAACCCAUGAUAAGCCACACACAGCGUAAAGAUAUCUGAUAUCAGCCUUCGUGAAUGCAUUGUCUCUGGAAUGUAUGCUCACACCAACACGAUGCACAACGCCCAGCCGACAUCUAGGCCACAUUUAACCCAACACUCCUCCACGUAUGUAUGGCACAACGAUGUAAAACUACUGUAUGUAUAUCACUCGUCUACUCCCUUCAGUGAAUGUGAUCAUCGCACUGUAUCUAAAACCGCUGAGAACACCGGGUAUCGUUCCAGACGAAUGUAAGCUAAAGUGAUUUACGUUACUAUAGAAAUUAGCCACUGAAAAAGUGCAGUGAAAUCAAGGUUUUACGAGUUAAUCAUGUUUUAACGUAACGGUAGCGUGAUCCGCAUUAACUCGGCGUUUAGUUGUUGUCGUUUGUCUGUACAGUCUUUCUUUUUUCCAAUCUCAAAACAUUCCGCCAUGAACGACUAUAGCGAAUUUUGCGGUUAGACUUCAGUGAUAUAAGCUACACUUACUGUCCACUAUAUUAGGGCCUCGUUUCUACGCUCAUUGUCCACUUUAUCAGCUCCACUGACCGUAUAGCUGCACUCUGUAGCUCUACAGUUACAGACUGUAGUCCAUCUGUUUCUCUGAUACUCUGUUACCCUGUUCUUCAGUGGUCAGGACCCCCAUAGAGAGUAAAACAAAAAUGAAUGAUAUCAGAUGACUACAGCCCAGUGCUGCACGCUGAGACAUCCCAGAAAAGGGAGGAUAACGGCCGUAGUUGGCGACAGUGAGGUGAAGUGUGUGCAGCUGCAGUUUAGCCAAGGAGCUAACAUAGCAGUCAGCAGUCUGGCUAAGUCACCUACUUAAAGCAGUAAAAUCACAAAUGUAAGAUAAGAUUACUGGUUGACUGUAUUGGCCUCUCUUUGGGUGUUUGUUUAUAGCCAGCGGGGAAGAAAUGGUAAAAGGUUGACGUUUAAACACCGGCUGAUUCGCCGUUUUUCCAUUUUGAAGAUUCCGUGCUGCCGUCGGGGCUGAGAGUGGAUCUCAGUAAGUAUCUAUGGACUAUGCUUGUGUGCACACUGACGGUGCGGCGAAAUGCUUGGACAGUGUGUAUGGAAAACUACGGCCUUCCACAAGUCACACAUUUGCGCUCCCGGCGCCGUAUGACAGAAACUUCGUCUUUUACUUGAAAUCUGACCUCUGCUUUCACAGGUUUGUGUUACAAAAGCAGAUCUUAUCUUCACUCCCAUCUUCAUUAGCAUCUUCAGCCUUAUCUCAAAUUAGUUCAGACAAAGUGGGAAACUAGGUAAAAUAUACAAGCUGUAACUACAGAUUGGCUUCCAGUCGGACAGCAUUGCCAAGGCUAAAACAGUGACCCACCUGAAAGAGUGGACACGACAGAAUCAGGUACGACUGAAGUUAAUCUAGAUGGUUAGCUCUCCAGAUUUCAUCCUGGAAACAUCUCAGCGAGUUCCACUGGAAAUAAUGCGAUUUCACUAAAUGACACCUGCUCAGUGGGGGUCCUGUGGGGUCCUGACAUGGGUAACAAAGUAUGCAGAUGAACAUGAGACCCUUAUUCGUCCCACAUUUAACCCAUCCGUGAAGACGCACACUAGGGGGCAGUGAGCACACUCGCCCGGAGCGGUGGGCAGCCCUAUCCGCAGCGCCCAGGGAGCAGUUGGGGGUUAGGCGUCUUGCUCAAGGACACCUCAGUCAUGUACUGUCAGCUCUGGGGAUCGAACCGGCGACCUUCAGGUCACGAGGCUGGUUCCCGAACCGCCAGACCACGAGUGCCCCAGUCUGUAGUUGUAGACCUACAAAGUGCUCCUGUAUGGUAGGUGGCCCUGAUAAACUAAAGGUGUACCUAAUAAAGUGGAACCUAUGUGUGGCUCACGUUUCCCCAGCGGUCAGAAAGGUCCUCAAAACCCGAAACAUACACAGAAACGAUAAAACCAACCUGCGCACCACUACUAACACCCCCCGCUCCGCUGCAUCAGAAUGUUUGCUCAAACCUGGGCAGUUUUGAUUGUAUUUAAAUGUAUGUAAAUACAAAAUUACUACUAUUAUUAUCAUUAUGUAUCUUUUGUUAUUCCCACUGUUCUGAUCCGCACUUCUGUCUUUGCACUUUGGGACGGGGUUCUUUUCUAUUUCUAUGAUUUCGCUGAUGAUUCCAAGUUCCGUAACACGCCGUGUAGUGAUAAUGAUAAUAAUAGUAUUAGUAAUAAUGAUGAUAAUGACAUUAAUAAUAAUAAUAAUAACGGUAAUGAUUGGCUUGAUGAGUGUCUAUUUAUUUGUGUGUUCAACUGUGUAAUUUAAAACCUUGUUCAUAUCCGAAUUCACGGUGAAACAGAAGGCACGUUGUCGUUAUAAUGCAGUGCUCCUCUUUCCCUCCUUCACCCUCUUCUUCUCUUCCCUCCUCCUUCCAGUCUCUGUCUUUAAUUCCUCCACUGCUUUGUUUUUUGUUUUCUGAAUGUACAGCUCAGUCACUCUCUCUCCCUCCCUCCCUCCCUCCCUCCCUCUCUCAUGCCUCCUCUUGCUCUCUCUGUCUGUGUCAGUGUACAGUGGAAACCUUAAUAAAGGCCUGUUGUUUUUCAAUGUGAUAUUUAGAAUGGAUAAAACCUGCAUUCAUAUCUUAUGGUUAUUAUUGGGACAUUUAUCUGUACUUACUAUUGAUACGAUAACAUGGAUUAUUGACUGAUUGUUAUUGAUAAUCGUCUGAAGUAAGAAAAAAAAAAGCGAUCUGUUCAAAAAGUUCAUAAUAAAAACACUCGGAUGACGUCAGCA